AAUCUGCUGUUUAAUCUGCAACUCAAAGAAGAUACGGGAAAUGUAAAAGUGGGGAAGGCUGUGCACAAGGCCAUUAGGCCUUCCAGGCUUCUUGAAUUGAAACAAGUGUUCCAUGAGGAGAAGUUUCUUUUAAACUUUGGGAAUAAAUGCGUUGACAUGGUAUUGGAGCAAGAUGCUAGUGGUGAAGAUGCAUUGAGAGGGUGGCUAGUUGCUGCAUAUGCUGCACAAGUUGUGAGUUCCUCUCGUCAUGAGCUCAGUGCUAGUGUCAUGCACGAGGCUUAUCAUAAAAUGAAUGGUGUGUUUCCUAUAUUCUUGAAAGAAUUACAGAACAAAGGGUGGCACACUGAUCGGUUUUUGGAUGGAACUGGUAGCCGUUUUGCAUUAUAAUGCUCCUAAUUAAAAAUUCCAUGUUGCACAACUUCGUUUGCCUCGUGAGUUUAUAUCUAACCACAAAUUAAUAUUAUAAUUAUACCCAAUGUUUUAUUUGGUCUAUUUGAUAACUUCAAACUUA